GUUAAAGCUGAAAUUAUGAAGUUAAAGGCCGAAUUCAAGAGCGGAAUUGAGGGGUUGGAGAAGAGUAGGACGGAUACUGUUGCCGAGAAUGCUAGGCGUGAUAUUGAGAGUGAUAAACUUAAGGCUAGAGUUGCCAAGUUAGAACAAGAUUCUAGACAGCCACAGAAUGAUUCACCUUUUGAGAAAGCUUUCAAUGUACCAGAAUCUGUAGCAGUCCAGCUCAAGAAGCAUAUGCCUUUUGGAGAGAAUGUGAAACCAGAAGCAUUACCAGAAGUGACUGUAGCUGCCAGCCCUUCACUUUGCAAUGAGGAUAGAAAGACCGAUGAAUUUCUAGAUUUGUUGCAAAAGAAAAAUGUUAGUGAUGGAAUAAGACAUAAAAAGCGGAAGGAAAAGCUUCAACAGGAGACGGUGGAGAAUCCAAAGGACCAAGAGGCACCCAUGAUUUCCCAGAAUAUUUCUUCUGUAAAAAACAUUCCAAUUCUUGAUAAUCAUACUCAUCUGGAAGAGG